AUGGCCGACGGAAAGCCUGACGACAUCCCCUCCGACCUCGUCAAAGUCGGUGCCCUGACCGAUUCCCAAAUUACCACCGCGACUGUUGCACCGACAAUGGGGUCCUCCAAAGACGGCCAGUCCUCCUCUUCCGACCCUCCCCCUCCACUCCCCAAGAGCCUUGACCAGCCCACCCCGGCCGAAGACCUUGCCCUCGACAACUGGAUCAAGAGAAACACCUCCUACCUCUCCACGAUCCCCUGGCACAAGUACGCCAGCCUGCCCGUCCUCGCCUGGCUGUGGGGCUACUCCGACGCCGAGUUCCGCAACGAGUGCAUCUCGACCUACGUCUUCUACACACGCGCGGUCGGCCGCAAGCUGACCGACGAUGAGCGCGACGCGGUGCUCGAGCCUGUUGCGCGCUCCUCCGCAGCCGCAAGCUACGACCGCCCAAUCGCGAUGGGCCUGGGCUCGUGGCUCAUGGCGCGCAGCUGGUCCAAGAGCGGGGCAAAGGAGACUGUCAGGAAGGCGGCUGAGGAAGCAGCAGCAGCCGCUGCUGGUGCACACCCCGCAAUGGGAACUGGACUAGGCACAGGUACCGUCGGCGCGGACGGCCACAUCACGCACUUUUCGACUCCCCAGCAGCACACGGGCACUGCAGGACGAUUUGGCUUGGGCAACACAGGCAACAGGGGCAAAAUGCUCAGCCAGCUGUUCAGAAGAGCCGGGAGGGCGUCCGUGCCCGGCAUGCUGUGCUUCGUCGGCCUGCAGGUGUUCAGCGAGUCGUAUCGCAUGUACCUGAGCGACAACGAGACGUGGUCGAUGCACCAAGAUGUGCGCCUCAUGGGUCUCGCCGACGACAUGGAGAAGAACCUGACUAACAGGGUUGGCGAUAUAGAAGAUCUGCUUCGCCGCAGGGGCUUCUAA